AUGAUGGCGGCGCGGUGCACGGAGCGAGCCGUGCAGGAGUUCGUGAGGGAGAGAGGAGGAAGGGUCCAACAGAUGGAGCUGAUCGAUCAUUUCCUAUCACGGUCCGUGGCGGCGGUGGGGGAAGAUGUCCAGCCGGGGGAAGGGGUGGACCGCGAGGGGCUGAGACGCGUCGUGGACAGCGUGGGCUUCGUGAAGGUGGAGGACGGUGUGAAAUUCGUGUGUUUGCACGCGGAGGGCAGCGCGGAGGCGGUGAUGCGUGAGGACGGACCCGAGCGGGCGGAGUGCAACGGGAACAUCCCGCAGACAGCGGAGCACCGUGGGAACGGCAACCCUGACAACACGCACCAAACAGGAGUUCCCAGUCCACCUGGUGCAGACCUGGACAAUGACAGACAGUCAAAUGGAAACCAGCAACCUGCAGCCUCCUCCCAGGUGAAGCUGAACACAGGCCCCCCGACGUCUGCUGGGAGAGGGGAGGUGAAGCUGAGGGACAGGAGGAGGCGGGAGUCGGCUCCGGUCAUCGGGAUGCCAGACCUGGACCCGGCUCACCCCGGGUGGUCCCUCAGCCAGCAGGUGAGAGGCUCACGGAGGGUUUCCAAAGGCUCCCAGAGGGCCAUGCUGACCAGCUGCCUGUCAGAGGACAGCACCUUGGAGGGGCUGGACCCCGUCGGAGAUAUCAACACGCCCAAGGGAAGUCGCAGAAACUUCAUAGAGCUGAUGAUGAGUUGCUCUCCACAGGUCCGGAGGUCCCUGAUCAACCGCGGCUCUCGCAUCCGGGACUCAAUAAGAAGUGACGGAGACACGAUAUCAAUCCUCUCCUCAGCCACUGACGAAGACUGUGCCUCGGUGACCCUGGACCCACUGGAGCACGAGUGGAUGCUGUGCGCCUCAGACGGCCUGUGGGAAAGCCUGCAGCCCCUGCUCGCUGUCGAGCCCAGCCUCGUGGCCAAGAGAGACUUUGUGACGGGCUUCACCUGCCUCCACUGGGCGGCCAAGCAGGGCAAAGCCGAGCUGAUCUCCCAGCUGCUGGCCUUCGCCAAGGAGAAUGCUACACCUGUGAAUGUGAACGUGAGGUCGAGUGCUGGAUACACGCCGCUGCACCUGGCGGCCAUGCACGGACACACACAGGUGGUUCGCGUAUUGCUGUCAGACUGGGAGGCCGACCCCGAGGCUCGAGACUACAGUGGGAGGCGAGCCAUCCAGUACCUCUCCCCACCGCUGGCCGCCAACCUGCACAAGGAGGGACUGGUCACCUCACCGGGGGCGGAGUCAGACAGUGAAAACACGAAUGGCGGCAGUAGCAGCGGAAGGGGGCGUGGCUGGAGGUUUGUCAGAGUCCUCCAGGGCAACCUGAACCCGCUGCGGCUGCUGAACCCCCCGGCCGAGGCGGCGGAGGAGGCCGGGAAGACUAAAGGGGGCAUACAGAGGAAGUCGUCUCUGAGCCGGCUGAACGCCCGGCUGCACCGAGGGCGCCACAGGGCUCAGAUCAUCCACAGCGCCUCCUUCAGGGACGCGGGGGAGGUGGGGCGAGGGGAGGAGCUGCCCAGCACUCCCCUCCGCACCCGACCACUGUCCAACCUGUUUGGAUGA